AUGUUGAGGGCGAGAUCGACCAGGGAACCGCAGCUGUCGCGCCGCGGCGGCCCGGCCGAACCAACGAGUGCACUGCGCAGGGCUAGAGCGGCACCAGCUCACGUGGGGCGCAGCCGCUGCCGGGCACUGGCCAUGCUGCGGCUGGGGCCGCUCACCGUCGCUUGCUGCUUGCGGAGCUUCUCCCGGCCCUGGCCGCCCCGUCCGCCGCACCCGCUCGGUGACUGCGGUCUCUUGGCCCGGCGGCUGCGGGGAGCGCUUGGGGGCUCCGCCGGCGGUGGGCGGAGCCUGGUUCUGAAGACCCCCAAGGGCACCCGCGACCAUCACCCCGCUCACGUGGUGCUCCGUGACCGGCUUCUCGCCACCGUGAUCGCCUGUUUCAAGCGGCACGGGGCGGCCCCGCUCGACACCCCCGUGCUGGAGCUACGGGACACCCUGGUUGGGCAGUACGGGGAGGGAGCAAAGCUCAUCUAUGAGCUGCAGGACCAGGGAGGGGAGCUGCUGGCCCUGCGCUACGACCUCACUGUGCCCUUCGCUCGCUACCUGGCCAUGAACAAGGUCAGCACCAUGAAGCGCUACCAGGUGGCCAAGGUCUACAGGAGGGACAACCCUGCCACCACCCGGGGCCGCUACAGGGAGUUCUACCAGUGCGACUUUGACAUUGCUGGAAAUUUCGACCCAAUGAUUCCUGAUGCUGAGUGCCUGAAGGUCAUGCACGAGAUCCUGAGUGACCUGCAGCUUGGGGACUUCAUCAUCAAGGUCAACCACAGGCUGGUUCUGAAUGGUGUUUUCGCUGUCUGUGGCAUCCCAGAGAGCAAAUUCAUCACCAUGUGCUCCACCGUGGACAAGCUGGACAAGAUGUCGUGGGAGGAGGUGAGGAGCGAGAUGGUGGCAGAGAAGGGGCUGUGCCCCGAGGCCGCGCAGCGCAUUGGGGACUACGUCCGGCUGCAGGGUGGCCUGGAGCUGGUGGAGCAGCUCCUGCAGGACCCAAAGCUGUCCCAGAACAAGCUGGCCAGGGAGGGGCUGGGGGACAUGAAGCUGCUGUUCGAGUACCUGACCCUGUUUGGCAUCACUGGCAAGAUCUGCUUCGACCUGAGCCUGGCCCGGGGCCUGGACUAUUACACAGGGGUGAUCUACGAGGCUGUGCUGCUGCAGCAGGAGGGGCAGGCUGGGGAGGAGCCCCUGGGCGUGGGCAGCGUGGCCGGCGGCGGGCGCUACGAUGGCCUGGUUGGGAUGUUUGACCCCAAGGGCCGCAGGGUGCCCUGCGUGGGGGUCAGCAUCGGCGUCGAGAGGAUCUUCUCCAUCCUGGAGCAGAGGCUCAAGGCUUCUGGUGAGAAGAUUCGGACGACUGAGACCCAAGUGCUGGUGGCUACGCCCCACAGACACCUGCUGGCUGCCAGGCUGCAGCUCAUCUCCCAGCUCUGGGAGGCAGGCAUCAAGGCUGAGAUGCUGUACAGGAAGGAUCCCAAGUUGCUGAAGCAGCUGCAGUACUGUGAGGACACAGGCAUCCCCCUGGCUGCCAUCAUAGGAGAGCAGGAGCUGGCAGGGGGAGUUGUCAAGCUGAGAGAUGUCACCAGCAGGCAGGAGGUUGACAUCCCAAGAGCAGAGCUUGUUGGUGAGAUCAGGAGAAGGCUGGAGCCCUAG